UAUUCCGCAGUUAUUUAUUUUUGUUAGAUAUUUAAAGUGUAUUAGAGAUUCAAAAUAGCUAGUAAGCUAACAUUAGCCAUCUAACUAGCGUUGGCUAGUGUAAGUGACCUGCCUAGCGUUCAGCUAGCUAGCAAAAUAGCUUUUAAUGCUAAAGUUUACUAACGUUUGCUGCCCAACGGUUACUGGUUUUAUCAAAUGGUCAGUUUGCCAGUUGAAAAAUACAUUGAAUUGUAGUUCUUAUUUAGGGGGCGUUUUUUAUUUUGAAGGACUAGCCUCACCAUGAUCAGAGUCUACUUCAUCAUCGCGGUGGCACUUUUUGUGUUAGAAAUUAAUGUAACCCAGGCUGUGCUAGAAAACACAGAUAAUUGCUGUGGGAGAACACAGAAAAUGAAUGAAACCUGUGCAAACAGCACACGCUGCGAUUCUGGGUGCCUCCGUGUUUUGGAGAACAACACAGUUUUGUGUGUGCCAUGUGUCGCAUUAACUUCUGAGAUGGAAAACAUAACACUCUGCAACUAUACAGGGACCAAGGAUCACACAACAGUGUUCACUAUAAUUAGGAUUGGCGGUCCAGGUGUAGCCGCCUCUGUCCUUCUGGGAACUCUGCUGAUCAGUUUAUUCCUCAUUCUCUCUGUUGCCUCCUUCUUCUACCUCAAACGCUCCAACCGUCUGCCCGGUGUCUUCUAUAGGCGUAACAAAGCUUUCAUAUUUCAGCCCAGUGAGACGGCUGUCAUGAUACCUGCAGACACAUCAGUGCGCAAACCAAGGUAUGUCAGGAGAGAGAGGCCCUCGGCAACAUCAGCAGGCAGCAGUGCUACCAUGGCAACUGGGUCAGCAACAAAGGUGUAUAAUGUAACCAUCCAGUAGGCUCUAAUUUCUGAACGUAAAGGGAAAGGUAUUGUUUACUUCUCUCAAAGAUUUAUGGGUUUUUGUUAUUGUUUAUUUUUGUUGUUUUGUUUUGUAAUUUAAACAGGCUAUACAUAUAGUGAAGACACAGUAUCUUUGUAGACAUAUUUUCCUUUUUCUGAAUAGGAAAAUUCUUCUGCUGUUCACUUUUCUUAAAACUGUUCUUGAUGCACUAUGAGUAUUUUUGUGCUUUAUUUUGGAGGUUUAACACUGAUUGAGGUAUUUUCAUAAACCUUUUAACUUAUAUUUAUUACAAAUAUUUUCACAUGAUAUGUUUGACCAUGUGUGCAGUGGCAGACAGUGGUAUUUGCACGUGAUAGUUUUUUUUUUUUCAUCUCCUCCUGGCUUCUUUAGCAGUCAGCAGCCUUUAUGAUUUAAAUUUAAAAAAAACUCACUCCUUUAGAAUUAGUGGCCUGUAGAUAGAGAGUACAUUUAGGCCUACCGUUAAACAAAACACACCAGUCAUUUUGUGGGUCUAAUUUUGUAGGUUAGUAAUACAAGAAUGUUGGUCAUACAAGAAUGCCACAUAAAUAAUACUGUAUUACUAAAUAGGUAGUCAUAGUAGUUAUACUGUAUGCAAGUCAGAAAAUACAUUAAAAAACUCUUAAACCUCAAAUUCUUUUAAAAAUGUACAUUGCAUAAAUGAUUCUACCAGCACUCUUGCAGAUAAUGGCUAUAUGCAUCUAUUUUUCUUAUUUGGGGGAAAAGUGCCAACUUGUAACCUAAUGCUCAGUAUAAGGUUCUCCAAAUGGCUUACCAGACAUCCGAUUAGAGCAGUAGAUUUCAGCCAAAUAACAAGCUUGUGACAACAGAAUGUUUGCCUCAGUAUGUACUUCUGAUUGCACUCUUAUUUAAAUGAUCUUUCCCUACCCUCUUAAAACCAGACCUGACCAAUUUAUUUUGCAUUUGCCAUGUUUAUUGCCAUAGAAACACAGUGGAGGACCGAGCAGGGGCAUGAAUGUGAUCUGCUCAUUUGUUGUGUAGAUGAUUGUAUUUGCACAGUUGAUACCAUUAAAGUGCCAAAAAAGAAUUGUAAUGUACACUGUGGUGUCUGUACACAAGGGCUAGAAAUGUCUAUUUGAAUUAUUACAUUUUGUAGAUGUUAGAAGGUAGUAUUUUGACUAUUCAUACACUGUGCCACAGCAUUCCAGUUUAUGUCUAUAUUUUUACUUUUAUCCUUUUUUCUAUUUGUGGUUUUCUUAAAUUUGAGCAUUGGCUUUAAUUUUUGGUAUACAUUGUAUUUGAUUUUAUGAAGUUAUAUAUUGGAAUGAUUGAUUUUUCUGGAUGUAGGUUGAACAUUAACAAAUAUAUUUAAAUCUAAAGCAAAGGACAAAAUGUGAGUUUGUGUAAAAUGUAACUGCUGAGGAUAUAGCCACUGACUGUAAAGCUUAGAGGUCCCAUUGCCAUUUUUAUUAGCUGUUGUGCAGCAACUUGAAAACAUGUACAAAUUGCUUUUAUAUAUUGAUGGAUUAUAGAUUUAUGAUGUUGUAUUGUUUGUUUGUUGGUAACUAUAUUAAAUUGUAAUUAUAAUUAAAAAAAUAAACCUCAUGGAGUCUGAUGUUUGUAAUAAUAAAGCUUUCAUUUACAUUCAAUAAAUCAGUAUUCUAUUCAGGUUAAUCAGGUUCAAGUUAUUUAAUUUAUUUUUGAUUUUUUUUUUUUCUUUUCAUUUUAAGGCUUGAUCAUUUUGCCUCAUAUUCAGUUCCAAAAAGCACUGUUGUUUUAGUUACAGCUAGGGAGACGUAGCCUUCCUUAGUACUCAGUCAGUGCUGGUCCUUGGAUACAGGAGCCUUAACCUACUGGCAAUGUGUUUAUUCUGUACUGCGCAAUGUGGUGUGUUUUGAGAUUUUGCUUGCCUUACUCACUUUCUUAUCCUAAGAUAGAACUAUAAACUUAUGUCACAUGAUAAGUCAUGUAUGAUUUACCAAAUGUUCUGUGUAUGACCAGAUUUCAGCAUUUACAUUGUUACAAUAGAGUUUAAUUAAUUUAGUGUGCAUCCUGUAAGUUCAGGAUAAGCAGUUUGGAUGUGCUAUUUUCCCUCGGUUUUAUGACUAAUGUAUAAUAAAAUGUAAGUACA